GGACGUGGGCCCUUAAUUCCGCUGCAGCGUUGCCAGUGGCAGGCAGUCCUUUCGCUGAAGAGUUCAGCCGUCGUGUUGUCGCCUUGCUCCUUUUUUUGGUUGUCGCCGUCGUCGUUGUCGUCGCCGUCGUAGUUGUCGUUGUCGUUGUUGGUCUGUCUCUGUAUUGUUGCCACUAAAGAAAGGCAAGAGGAACCGAAAAUGCCACGAAAGAAAAUGUGGAGCGUGAAUGUGACAAUUGUUCAGCGUUAGCAACUUUUGACCCCGUGCGCAAUCAGGUCACCAUUGUUCCAUGGUAAACAGUGGUAGCCCAAAGAACAGCGAAUGUGUGCUGCUGAUUUGUGAUUGAAAAUGCGUAAUCCUCGUUCCGUUGUCAUCGUGUUCACCGCGUAACCUGAACCUUGACCUUUGUGAACUGCACGUGGCAAGGAUAGCAAGGAGAAGAAGAGAAGGAAAGAGCAUGCUGGAGAGAGAAGAAGAGCGCUAGGAAUAGCCAAGCAAAGCAAAAAAGUGAACAAGACAAACAAAACUGUCCGUCCAGCAUUCGUUUUUCUACACACAUUUCGAAAGAAUGUAAAUGUAAAGUGAAGAAAAACAGAGAGUAAGAGAGAGAGACCUCAAAACUGGCCAUUGGCAGGCCAAACACAUACACAGGCACACCAAGCACACAGGACACACAGGCCACACACGACACACACGCACGAGCAUCCAGCGCUUUGCCGCAGUCAUAAAAUAAUCAAGAAGCAGCUAAAUCAGGCAAAAGCAAGACGACUGCAACGUGCUGAUGUUGACGAAACAUCUCCAUUGGGACGAAUAAAGCAAUUAGUAAAGGUUCACGAUUGUUGCCACCACACUGCCAGGAGGCGGAGGAGGAGGAAGCUGGAGGGGAUUAAGGAUGCGGGAUACGUGGGACUCGCACUCGGACUCCGUGGAGUAUUUAGCCUAAUCGAGUGAAGCGAUGCCGUUGAACUGGAGCACAAAGAUGCAGGACCCUCCCUGCAAAGGUCAGCUAUGUGCGAGAUAACGGGACACCGGACAGCCAGGCAACCAAAGCGAAAGAAGCAAAAGCAGAAGCAACAGCAAAAGCAAACGAAACGAGAAAUCGAACUCUCCCUGUGAUAUAACUUGCACCGUAAUCGUAAUCUAGCUAUUAGUUAUCGUUAUCGAUCAGUAAUCGCCGCAAUUGUAAGCUAAGUUAUCGCACUUAUCGCCGCUCUGCUCCGCCGCCGCCACCGCCAGACCUGCGCCUAAAAAACUAAUAAUAUUAAUAAAAUUAAAUAAUACCAUAAUAUAUAGUAGACUUCAAACCCGACCAAAAUCGAGCUAAAACAUGGGAGACGAGCAGGACAAACGCACCGGCAAGGAGAAGCUGCUCUUCUACACCACCGCCUUCUUCAUCCUGCUGGGCACAUUCAGCCUGUUCGCCUUCCUCUUCCUGGUGCCCUUCGUCAUCGAGCCCGCCUUCACCACGAUCUUCAUGCAGUUCGAGGAGGUUCCGGCGCUCUGCGAGACGUACGACACGGAGAUCUACUACGGGGCCAAGAACUGUUCGUGGUCGUCCUGCCGCGAGGGCUGCACAAAGGACAUCUACACGUGCACCCAGAUUCGGGUGAACUACCGCCUCAAUCUAUAUAACUUCACCGAUGAGUUCAACUUCACGGAGUACCACAUCAAUCUCAAGGAGUCGGAGCGCAUCCUGCCGCCCGUCAAGCGAACAGAUCGCUAUGAGAGAGCUCUGAGGAGCGACUACGAGUACGAUAAUCUGGGUGGUGGCACCGGCCUGGACAUCGACCUAGGCGGCGGGCGGCUGGAACAGCUCAAUUUUGGGGAUGCCGACGGCUCCAAUGGCUACCUCAUUGAGGAUUCGGAGGACACGCGCGGUUUGAGUGCCUCGGGUACCCUCAUUCCGGACGAGCGGAGGCCUUUCGACGAGAUCUCCGAGCUGAACGAGGGCCUGAUGGGGAACCGCUCCAUGUACUACUAUGUGGGAGCCAGGCUCUUCCCGAAUGUAAAGGGCUGUGGCUACCCGCCAAUGCUCAACUGUACCAUCUGGCUAAAGAGGUACACCAAGAUCGGCAUGAAGUUCCCCUGCUACUACUCCAAGGUGGACCCGAGUCUGGUCAUCAGCGACCUAGACUACUGGCAGAACACCCUAAACUUGGUCUACUCGAUGGCCAUUCCAAUACCCUCGUUCAUCAUAUCGGUGAUUUAUCUUACGUAUGCCUACUUCAAGAUAUACAACGAGGAUGAGGAGACGGCGCCGCUGGACAAGAACGCCGAGGACAUGGACAUCGAUGAUAUCGAUGCCGUGGACGACAGCGAUGGUGCUGUCCUGGCGGACAAUGUGGCCGGUAGCCAAAUCAUUAACAUGGACUCCACCACCAACGACAGUUGUCUGGAGGGUGUCCUGCCCAACGGCGGUCCCGGCAUGACCGCCUCCAUAUCGCAGGGUGGCUCCGUCACCACGCCGGGUCCGUACAUCGCGCAGAGCCCGGCGGGCUCGCAGAUGACGCCCAACUCGGAGAUCAACUCGUUCGGUCACCAGCUGAAAGUCCAGAUGGCCGACGAGCUAUCGAGGGACUCGCUGGAGAACGGAGCUAUCUCCACGUCCAAUUCAGUGCAAGGAAACUUGAGCAAGACGAUGACGACGAGUAUCUCAACUCCUCCUGGGCCGACAGCGGCAGUCUGAAACGUCAGGCGCAUGGUCUGGAAAAUGUUAGAUUCCGAUUCGGAAAAUGAGCCGCUGCUGGACUCGUAGGCCGCCGAGCGGCCAGCCACGGACCACGGAGCAGGCGGAGAUCACCGGAGCAGAGACCCAACCCAAAAAAGAACUCAUGAGACAACCGUGAAGCGAUACACCCCAAGUAUUUCUACCCGAAACAAUCGACAACAACGCAGCGAAUGCGACCGAACCUGAAUACCUUCAGAGCUGUUAGCGGCACCUAAUGAACUAUGAUAGAUUAUAUUUACCUUAUGAACUAGCUACUCGGAUUCACACCUACACUCACACCCACACUCACCCACAUUAAGCACGCUAGAUAGCCGGAGUAACUCCGGACUGCCACACCCACUCAAAAUUGCAAUGCACGGGCAUUAUAGUAUGUGCACAGUAUCUGAUAUCUGGAGGAUCUUAGGCGAUUGGUACAAAUACAAUAAACAUAGGCCGCAUGGACUCGAGCAUGGAGUGCUAUUCAUAUACCUAGAGGGAAAACUAUAAUACUUAUACACGCAUAUACAAAUAUUUACUUGAAUUAUUUUUCUAUUCGCAACAAUCGUCGUCGUCUCGAGAAACACUACCCCACUACCCAUUGCCCGACAUCCACAAUCCUAAACCCAAACUCCAAAUAGAGCAAAUAAAAGCAAAAGAGAACAAGGCGCGCAACUUAUUUACAAAUCGAUAAAUCGAGGCGCUGAGGUUUUUUAAAUAUUGUAAUGCCCAUUCAAGUGCUGCAAACCGUAAAGCGUAAAAACCGAAAAACAGAAAUUAAACUUAACAACAAGCGGAAGCAUCGUGUAUUUCAUUUAAACGUAAUGAUAAACGAAAGCAAGUCGAAUGCCUAUAUUUGAAGUAAAUUAAAUUAAAUUAAAUUAACAUUAACUUAAAUUAACGUAAAUUAACUAACAUUGUUAUCCUUCAAAUUAAUGCGGAUAAAAACUCACAGCUUUAACUAACUGAAACGGAGGCAUAAGAUUUUUCUUCUACAUAUUUAUUUUAUUAAGAUUAUUAACGGAUAGUGAAUAUUUAUAGGUCCUACAAAUGGUUCAAGCUAUUCAAUUAAAAACUUACAAAUAAAAUAUUGCAUUAAAUCUUAAUAAUUUAGGUCUGAAAUUAAAUAUAAACUAACGUUUCCUUUUUAUAUUACAAACAAAACCGAAAACCAAACCAAGUCAUUUCUAAACUCGAAGGCGAAUAAUCUCGAAAUCGAAAUUCGAUGCCUAUGCGUAUAGAAGCAUCCGCAUCCGCAUCUGCAUCAGCAUCCGCAUCCGCAUCCGCAUCAAUAAACUGCACUUUUGCGCAUAUUGUAUCAAUGAUAGGCGGCAAUGAACUACACAGAAAUCGUUUGUUUUUAACGACAGUUGGAAAUAGUUAACGAGGGUCAAGCAAUGGCAACAGAAGCGCAACUAUUAGCUAAUAUCAUGUAAAACAGACAAACAAAUAACAAAAUGCUACUAGAAUUGAAACCAAAUACAUGAAAAUCUCGAAAUAAAUACGCAUUUAGCAGCCUAA